AUAAAAUGCGCGCUCCACUAACAACCUCACAGAUUUCUGUCCACUCACUCCGCUAACGUGCGCCCAUCUCCUCCUACCCCCUCUCUCUUUCUCCAAUGGCGACUACUUUGCAACUAUGUCGUUUCUGCAUCCGCACCGAUUCUGAUAAUUUUGGUGGAAGAUCCGGCUCUAUUCCUUCCCGGCGGAAGCCGAUCUCCGUCCGAUGCUCCGGCGAAUCAGAUUCGUCCUCUUCCGUUGCCGUGGAUCCCGAUAACUUCGAUGCAAAGUCUUUCCGGCGUAACUUGACGAGGAGCAAGAAUUAUAAUCGGAAAGGUUUCGGACACAAAGAGGAAACGCUCGAGCUCAUGAAUAGAGAGUACACUAGUGAUGUUAUAAAGAAAUUGAAGGAAAAUGGAAACGAAUAUACAUGGGGAAGUGUAACAGUAAAAUUAGCAGAAGCUUACGGAUUUUGCUGGGGAGUUGAAAGAGCUGUUCAAAUUGCUUAUGAAGCAAGAAAACAGUUUCCAGAUGAAAGAAUUUGGAUUACCAAUGAAAUUAUCCAUAACCCGACUGUUAAUAAGCGAUUAGAGGAGAUGGAAGUUAAAAAUAUUCCUAUCGAGGAAGGGAAGAAACGGUUUGAUGUAGUGGAUAAGAAGGAUGUCGUGGUUUUGCCUGCUUUUGGAGCUGCAGUUGAUGAGAUGUUGGUUUUGAAUGACAAAAAUGUGCAAAUUGUUGAUACAACUUGUCCUUGGGUAACUAAGGUAUGGAACGUAGUAGAGAAGCACAAGAAAGGAGACUUUACUUCAAUCAUACAUGGUAAAUAUGCUCAUGAGGAGACAAUUGCAACUGCAUCUUUUGCUGGAACUUAUAUCAUUGUGAAGGACAUGACUGAGGCGAUGUAUGUUUGUGAUUACAUUCUUGGAGGUGAACUUAAUGGAUCUAGCUCCACCAAAGAAGCUUUUAUGGAGAAAUUUAAGAAUGCUACUUCAGAGGGAUUUGAUCCAGAACGUGACCUGGUAAAAGUUGGCAUUGCAAAUCAAACUACAAUGCUGAAGGGAGAGACAGAGGAAAUUGGAAGAUUAGUUGAGAGGACAAUGAUGCAAAAAUAUGGAGUGCAAAAUGUCACUGAUCACUUCUUAAGCUUUAACACAAUUUGUGAUGCAACACAAGAGCGACAAGAUGCAAUGUAUAAGUUGGUUGAUGAAGACCUGGAUCUUAUGUUAGUUGUCGGUGGGUGGAAUUCAAGCAACACCUCACACCUUCAAGAAAUUUCAGAGGACCGUGGGAUUCCCUCAUAUUGGAUAGACAGUGAGAAGAGAAUAGGUCCGGGAAACAGAAUAGCUCACAAAUUGAAACAUGGGGAGCUGGUUGAGACAGAAAACUGGCUACCAGAGGGUCCGAUCACCAUUGGUGUUACAUCUGGUGCCUCCACACCAGAUAAGGUUGUCGAAGAUGCCCUAAUCAAGGUGUUUGACAUAAAACGCGAAGAAGCCUUGCAAGUAGCAUAAGUAUAGGUUCACACAGGUGCAUCAGCCAACGAUGGGGGGCUCACAGGAGGAUCCGACUGUAAUCGCAUAUACCUACCCUUGAAUUAUAGUGUUGUAUGUAACUAUGUAGCAUGAAAUGUUUGAUAUAUAGGGAUCAAUGUAAGCUCACAGUCUCAUACCCUCCCAGGGGGAACGGUAGUGUAUCAAAUCAGUAUUUUAUGUUAAAGACAUGCAUGGAGCUAAUAAUUCUCCUAUUUACUCUCA